UGAGGAGAGGAGCAACUGAAACGCAACUGCAAAAAAAGAAAAAAAGAAAAAAAACUUGAAUGAUGUAAACUUCCUCUAAAGAGAGAUUUGGCGACCACGCACCACAGAGGGGCACAGACUGUACGUAGAUGUGACGGGCCCUCGGGGACUGAGUACAAACGCUGGACGGGCAGUCACAGCUUGCUUUGUCCCACCAUCACCCUCCUCCUCCUCCUCGCCUUGCGGACUGAACACACGCAACACACGGAGAUAGUCUCAUUGUUUCGGAUGUCAUUUCCUGGGAAUUUGGCUUUGCCUGCCUGAUAUCUCAUAACAGGAGAAAGAGGACCCCUGUUGGCACAGUUGCCUUUGUCACACUUGCUACUUACAGCGUGCGUGGGCGCAACAAUAAACUUCAAGAGUAAAGACAUCCCAAUAUCUAUGAAAAUGCUCUGAUAAUGUACUGACAGACUGCGCAGAGGUGUUUUGAAACUGCCAGAUGUCUGAGGUGGUGAAGAAGACUGGUCUUUUAUGUUCUGUUUCGUUUUGAUUGUUGUAAGUGAACACAUGAAAUGGUUGGGGGCAACUUCCAUACUGUAAAUCAUGUAUAUUUCUCAGCAGAGAAGGUACAGUUUGCCUUACACCUGUUUCCUAAACAGACCAUUAUGUUCUGUGGCCUGCACACAUGGACAAACCAAUAACAUUUACAACCAGAAGUAGGAGCUGUGCAGACCUUUUUUUCAUCAUCUAGUAUCUACUGUAAAGAAGUAUUUUCUUAUACUACAAUAACUGUUUAUUUUGGAUCUUUCUUUUUUUUUUUCCUAUUUAGGUCUUUCACACCAACACACUCCACCACCUAUGUCUAUGCCAAACAACCCAUUAUCUUUUAUGCUAAAUUAAUUGUCCUAAAACAUGAUAGGUAGCUAGUGACAACAACAAAAAAAAAACCCUGAAUAUAUGCAUUAUCAUAGUUCCAACAAGUAUAUAUCAGAGACAGAAUCAGUUGAAGUUUUCAUCCUGCCUUGUAUUUUUCAUUCCAAACUACAACAGGAAUUUGCUAGCAGAAGAAGGGAAAGGUCCAACCGUUUCUGAGCUUUAGUUGGAAUAUGAUUUCACUACAAGUGUCGCACCAUUAUUUGUAUUACACUUUGAGACAAUAUGUUCGAAAAUGUCCAUAUUAUUGGCCUGUUCACAACAGUCACACUACUGGAUCAGUUAAGAUAUGAGAAGAUGAGGAGCCCCUUGCUGUUUCCCGCUGCGUGCGCUUCGAUCUUACCUAAAGGUUUUGAUCAAACGUCAAUGGGCCGAGUGCUCGAGGCAGAAAGUGGACGGUCAGGGGCUUUAAGACAAACACUUGACACCUUUUCUGUAGCGGUUACUUGAAUCAGGUUAGUAACAAUAGCUGAAGGGACUGAAAGGAGCUCCCAGUUAGGUUUUUUUUUUUUUUUUUUUGCAUCAAAUCGUCUUCUAAUUCACUGAGGGCACACUGUUGACAGUACAAAAUAAAAAAGGCAAACAAUUACAAAAGUUAAGAAACGGAAAAUGCUGAAAAAAACAGUUUUGAUUUAUAUCUUUGUUCUUGUUCAAUAAUAGUGGAUGUGAGUUAUAAUGCUGUUCUUGGAGACAUUGUUUGGAUUGGGGAUGGGUUGAAAUCCGAAUGCAUCUCGUCCUCUUCACUUGUCUCUUAUGGUGUUUUUCUCCAGUGCCUGUAUUGUAUUGCAAUUCUCGUUGGCUUAUAUUACACUUCGAGGGGGUUUAGAAAGGGGGCGAGUCAGGACUGGGUGGUGUAAUAUUUGAAUGGGGGGGAGAUUUUUUGAAAGAGUUUGUGUAAAAAAAAAAAUAAUAAAAAAAGGAAAAGACAGCAUUUUAUAUUUUACCCGUUGUCAAUAUUCGGGUUUUAAAAUUUAGUUUUAGCUGGACUUCUAUGAGUGUACACAUCUGACAACUACUUUCUCAUUUUGUUCAAUCAGCAUAUUUUAGGUAGAUAUGUUUCAGCGUUGCCACACUAGCGUUUGAGUCUGGUCUGUGAGUGUGACUGUGUAAAUUUGGACGGCUGUGUGACUGUGUGUGUUUUUUUUGUUUUGUUUUGUUUUUUUUGUUUUUGUUAAAAACUUUUAAAGUGUGUGGUGCAGGAGGCAUGUUCCCCGAUGUAGAUAAGCAUUCUAUUGAUGAGAAUAAACAGAUAAACAGUACUUCAGGAGAACUUGUUUCUGUGCUUAAGUCACCUUUUUAUUUCUAUGAAGUCCACCAUAUAUGAGUAUAGAAUUUAUUAGACUGGUUUUUGAAAGGGUUAAAAAAAAAAAAAAAAAAAAAACUUCAUUCCUUUUUAGUCUUUUUUUUUUUUUUUUUUUUCCUUUUCACAAUAACUGUUGGACAUAAUGUGCCAUGAGUUCUACAGAGAAUGUGCUGACCCGCAGCUCAGCCGAGAGUUUGCUUUAUUCAGGUAUUUUAUUUUGUGUUACAUUUGUUCUGUUUUGGGGGUUCUGUUGAAACAUUUUCCUCGAUUAUCGUUUGGUAUGUGAGUGGUCUAUCGAGGUCUCUGAUUCAGUCUGUUAUGAUCAUUGAAUAAACUCAUCUCUUUUAUAGAAAAUAAAAAAUAAACGAAA